GCUGUUUUUGCAGCCAUGCUGGCCGUGUCUGUGGCUAUAGGUCUGUUCCAGUCUGUCCAUAAAGCCGCCGGACGCUCAGAGGUGGAGGAUUUCUUCACGGGCGGGCGGCGGAUGCCCGCUGUGCCCGUCGGUAUGUCCCUGUGUGCCAGCUUCAUGUCAGCAGUGCAGGUGUUGGGUGUCCCGUCUGAAGCGUAUCUGUACGGGCUGAAGUUUCUCUACAUGUGUUUGGGUCAAGCACUGAACUCUCUGCUGACCGCUCUGGUGUUUCUGCCCGUUUACUACCGGCUGGGCAUCACCAGCUCCAACCAGUAUCUGAGGAUGAGGUUUGGUCGAGGAAUGCAGCUGCUCGGGAGUCUGCAGUUUCUAAUAGCAACGCUCCUCUACACCGGAAUCGUUAUUCUAGCACCUGCUCUAAUUUUAAACCAGGCUACAGGUUUGAAUAUGUGGGCGUCUCUUUUCUCCACCGGCUUUAUCUGCACCUUCUACACCACUCUGGGAGGAAUGAAGGCCGUGGUGUGGACGGAUGUGUUCCAGGUUGUGGUGAUGCUCUCAGGCUUUAUUGCUGUUUUUACCCAUGGUACCCUGCAGGUGGGGGGCGUGUCCGAGGUGCUACACAUCGCCACCAACGGAUCACGCAUCAACUUCAACGAUUUUGGUUUGGACCCUCAGAAGCGUUACUCCUUCUGGAGUUUCACUGUUGGAGGGACGAUGGUUUGGCUGUCGAUGUACGCGGCCAAUCAGGCUCAGGUCCAGCGCUACAUCUCCUGCAGGACAGAGCGAGAGGCCCAGUGGUCUUUGUUUGUGAAUCAAGUUGGACUGUGUCUGAUCGUGAGCAGCGCUGCCACAUGCGGAGUUGUGAUGUUUGCGCUUUACUGUCACUGCGACCCUCUGAAAUCCGGCAGGAUCUCCGCUCCAGAUCAGUUAAUGCCGUACAUGGUUCUAGACAUUUUUCGGGACCUUCCUGGUUUCCCUGGUCUUUUCCUAGCUUGUGCCUACAGUGGAACCUUAAGCACGGUCUCCACCAGCAUCAACGCCAUGGCUGCCGUAACCAUGGAGGACCUGCUGAAGCCGUGUCUGAUUGGCUCCUCACAGAGGAAACAGAUUCUCCUCUCCAAAGCUCUGUCGUUUAUGUACGGGGCCAGCUGUGUGACGACGGCAGCUCUCUGCUCUCUGCUGGACUGGGGAGUGCUGCAGGGCUCGUUUACAGUGAUGGGCGUGGUUAACGGGCCACUGCUGGGAGCUUUCAUCCUCGGCAUGUUCAUCCCAGCAACUAACAAACCAGGCGUGUUUGCUGGAGUGGCUCUAGGGUUCUGUCUUGCUCUCUGGCUCGCUGUUGGAAGCUCCAUCUACCCUCCGAGCCCUCAGAGGAUGGGGGUCUUACCCACCAGUGCAGACCACUGCCUUUUAGCUAAUACAACACACAGUAACACCUCACUGAUGGACAGAUCACCUGCAUCAUCACCUUCAGACCCCAAACAGAGCAGUCAGCAUGGUCUUCAGGACUUCUACUCCAUCUCCUACCUCUACUUCGGAGCCCUAUCAACCAGUGUGACUGUGCUCUUGGGGCUGGUGGUCAGCUGUUUAACAGGACCAACCAAAAGAGCCUCAAUCCGGUCCGGUCUGCUCUGGUGGGAUCUGGAACCAAGGACUCGUCAUGUUCCUCAGGAGAACCUGGGAGAACUGGCAAGCCAGAACCUGACCACCAUCCCUCUGAGCCCUGAGAAGAGCGAGGAGAAGGAGGACGUCCUGCUGAUCCGGCGGGAGGUUCAGAAGAGCGGUUCUGAUCUGUGAGAGUGAGAGAGGGUCGCCGGUGUUGGCUGUGGACUCUGCAGAGGCUUCAUCACCACACCUUCACCAAAUAAACCACAAACAGCUUCAA